AUGCUCAUGUCCUGCCACUGGAGCGGAGAGGGGAACGCCAAUGCACGUGACCAGCACGGGCCCUCUCGCACUCGCACUCCCACUCGCACUCGCAGCGGGCAGGCCCCACUCUGCCUCUUGCUGGGUCUGACUUCAGCGUGCUUCGACCGCGGCAAGCAUCAGCAACGCGUUACGCGCAUCCUUUCCGCGACACAGACGCGCCUUGGUGCUCAUCGCGAUUGCACCUGUCUCUUUCUUGUGUGCUCCCUCCCGUGCGUAUACAGACACUGCACCUGCACUGUACCUGUACCUGCACUGGACCUGCACUGUACCUCUACCUGCACUGUACCUGUACUGUACCUGCACCUGCACUGUACCUGUACCUGCACUGGACCUGCACUGUACCUCUACCUGCACUGUACCUGCACUGUACCUCUACCUGCACUGUACCUGUACUGUACCUGCACCUGCACUGGACCUGCACUGUACCUCUACCUGCACUGUACCUGCACUGUACCUCUACCUGCACUGUACCUGCACUGUACCUCUACCUGCACUGUACCUGCACCUGCACCUGCAGAUCCAGCACUCCAGCUGUGGGACACCCAGUCAGUGAUAGAGACACUCAAGUCCUUCUCCCAGAAGAAGCACGCUGACGCCCAGGACUCGUUCCGCUUCCCCACAGGCGUAUGGCAGCGAUUCCAACUGCCGUCAUGGCGUCUCGUUCCAGCUCAGCUUCGGAAGGCGAAGUGGCCGACACCCAACACAAGGCAAACACAACCAGUCAGCGCGGCGAAACUGCGAUUAACGCCUCUAGCAGGGUCUCUGGCCUGCAUGGUGCUUCGGAUAGAAAUGGACACCGUCAUCGCGCAUUGAGUCGCUCGCCUUCUCCCUAUCGCCGCAAGCGUACGCGCUCCCCCUCGCCAUAUCGAAACAAGCGCGCAGCAGACCGCUCGCCCUCACCCUUUCGACACGCCCGCAACGACCGACCCCAGCCCAAGCGCAAAGCUUCCCCGCCCCCCGGCAGCCGGCCGGAGAAGCGCCACAACACUGAUCGCAGCAGACACCCCGACCGUCCGCGCAACUCGUACCCAGACGGCCUACGCAUCCGCCACGACCAGCCCACUUUUGUCAAGUCCACCCUGGGCUCGACCGAGCGACCACACGCCAAGCCCAUAUCCUACGCCGAGAUUGACAACCAGACGCCUGCCGUCCCGGGCUUCAGCGAGAACAUCAUCGCUGCCGCUCGCAAUGCCAACCAGAGCAGCAAUGCCCGCCGGCUCGAGACAUGUAGUCAGCAGCUCACGCGCGGCACACAGAAGCUCAGCAUCGGUCCAAGCACAGGGGAAAAGGAAAACGACGACAAGCGGGACAGGGACAUGAGCAAUGCUCAGACCGAGCCCGAAGCCACGUUGGCCCCUGUCCAAGACAACGCUCCCACACAGGAGACUCGCGAAGAGAAGCGUCGUCGGUGGGCUGCCAUACGCGCUGCCUCUGAACAGAAGCCCAAGGAGAGCCUUCUGCAACAAGCAGUCCUUACGAAUGCCUCUGAAAGCACGACUUCCAACGCUGCGUCUCCAGCUCCCUUUCUCGACACCUCCAUCUCGCCAUUUCCUUCCCCUCGCGCAGGCGACCUGGAUUCCGUUCCAGCAUCCCCCGACAUCAUGAUCAUCGACAAACAAGCACAAGACAGUCGAGAGAACACUCCUGCGGUAGCGAGCCCCUCGGCAGCCGACUACGACCCUACCCAAGACACGCUAGACGAUCGCAACCGCGCUCUCGAGAAAGGCGCGAAUUCACUUCUACCCUCCGAUGCGUACAGCGAGACCGACCCCAAAGCUCUUUCCACCCUGCCAGCAGAAAAGGCUGCCCCGGUGAAGAAGCAAAAGAAGGACUUUGACAUGUUCGAUUUCAGCGAUGAUGAAGACGAAGACGCCAACGUCGAACUGGAAGAGCAAGGUGCAGCAAAGGGAACCGUGCUGGAUGAGAAGCUGCUCGAAAACUGGGACGACCCCGAAGGAUACUACAAAAUCAUCAAUAAUGAGUUGGUGAAUGGCGGUCGACACCGCAUGAUCAAGACGCUGGGUCGAGGUGUUUUCGCCAAUGUUGCCCAAGCUGAAGAAGUUACACCAGAUGGCAGUGAUCAACAUGGCAAACUGGUUGCUGUCAAGAUGAUCCGCAAGAACGAGUUGAUGAGGAAAGCUAGUCAGAAGGAGAUGGACUUUCUGCAAAAGGUCAACGAAGCAGACCCACAGGACAAGCGUCACAUCAUUCGACUUUUGGGUUCCUUCGACCACAAAGGCCAUUUGUGUAUCAUCUUCGAGCACAUGUCCAAGAAUCUGAGAGAUCUCUUGAAGGAAGAGACGAGUGGCCACGGGCUCACGCUAUCAGCCGUUCGAACGUACACGCGACAAAUGUUCCUCGGCUUGCAGCACCUGCAAAACUGUCAGGUCAUUCAUCUGGACUUGAAGCCCGACAACAUUCUUGUGUCUGCUGACAAGAAGACCGUCAAGCUUGCCGAUUUCGGUACGGCUGUCGAUAGGCGAGAUGUCAUCGAGCGCACCGAAUACCUCGUAAGUCGAUUCUACCGCGCCCCCGAGAUCAUUCUGGGCAUGGACAUAGGCUAUCCAGUCGACAUGUGGGCUGUUGGUUGCACUGCGUACGAACUGUGGACGGGAAAGAUUCUGUUCACUGGACGCUCGAACAACCAGAUGAUCAAGGCGUUCAUGGACUGUCUUGGCUGGCCGAGCGAGAAAUUGUUGAAGAAAGGUCUUUUGAACAACGUUCUCGAACACUUUGAGGCUGGACCGCCGCUGAAAUUCAUCAGCCGUGAGGUGGAUCAGUACAAUCAGCUUUCUGUGCGCAAGAUAGAGCAGCAGAAGAAGAUCAGUCGCGAUAUCAAAACCAGGGUUCACGACGCUGCCCGAGGCAUCGCUCAAGGUGGUCCUACCGUCGCUGAACUGAACGACUUUGCCGAUCUGCUCAACGGCUCUCUCCACAUGAACGUCGAGAAGCGCCUCCAACCUAAAGAAGCUCUCGCACACAAGUUCUUCGCCAGCAAGAACUUAGCGCCCAGAUCAGCGGUUGUCAAACCGCCCAUGAUGAAGCGCGCUACACCUGCUAUCCGACGAUGA